CAUAAUUUCAAAAUGUUAAUUCUACGCGAACAACUAAUGCCCCAUUUUCACAUCGAUAUUGAAUUGUCAAUAAUUGACAGCACGUUAAGUACAGCUAACCUUAGUACUGUAUAUUUAGUACUAUAGAAAAGGGAACGUGUCAUGAUAAGGGAAUAAUAUUUCAAAUACUGUAGUUAUAAAUCAGUCUGCUUCAAUAUUAUCAGCAAUGGAAAACAAGCCUUGUGCUGUUGUUGCUAGUUGCACAGAUACUCACCCCGAAGAAAUAAUUAAACUGAUCCUGGGGGUGGACGCUCUGCCGGAACCAGUGGUGCUCGAGGACGGGAUAAAGGCGUUCCCGUGGCACAUAGACACCAAGUACUACACCGCCGACGUCAACCUGUGCUCCGUGGAGAAGAAGACGCUCGGCAGUGAGGAGUUCGCCGUCUCGGUGGAAGCGGUCGUGAUAAACUUCGACAGCACCAUCGACGAGGGUCUGGCCGUGGCGGAGAGCUGGCUCAGCUUCCUGAAGGAGUUUGAGCCGGAGGUGCAGAUCCUGCUGUGCGACCGGUGCUGGGAGGACCCGGCCACGGGGGUGUCCAAGGUCGCAGCCCAGGAGUGGUGCGUGGACCGGGGCUUCGAGCUGGUGGAGCGCAAUCCCGAGCUGGACCCGGAGUGGGAGGCCGACCAGGACUUCCUGGAGACCACGGGCGUCCCGCGGGUGGUGCAGGCGCUGCACGCCCACCUCUGGCCCAACUUGCGCAUGAAGGGCAAGUCCCAGCAGCUGUCUCGCACCGUGCAGUCCAUGCUGAACGGCAACGACACGGACGCCGUGCCGCUGGACAACGCAGCACACGCAUACGGCAGCGGUCACCUGGAGGACAGGAUAGACGAGCUGCUGGGGGACAGCGGCGGAGUGGCGGGCUUCUCCUCGCUGUUUGAGCAGCUGUCCUCCAUGAAGCAGCACGUGCAGGGGCUGCCGAGCGACCAGCGCAAGGCAUGCGCCGAGCAGGUGGUGCUGGCGUUCUGGCGCGCCAUCGGCGGCGACGAGGACGAGCUCAGCAGCUAGGCGAGCCGAGACCGCCGGCUUGCACCCGUCGUGGACGCAUUUCAUCAGUAUUUCUUCUGAGCAGAUGCUUCGUUUGAGUAUUAUUCCUCCCGAAAACAAACAUCCUACUUGUUACUCAGUGCGAUAAUUGUAGUGGCCAUCUGUCAUCUUAAAACGUUAAAACCUUCCUUAGAUAAUAGGAUAAAUUCUUCAUCUUUUCUAAUUUCCAGUUUAUGACAUAUCUAGAUGUGAAACCGUUAAAUUUUUUUUUUUUAAAUAUAUUCCCACACUUGAUGACGUGGCAAGAGACGGUUAUGGCAGAACUUCGAUUAGGUGCCGUGUUUAAGAAAUACGGUAUCUGAAAUUAUGUAUCUGGCAAAAGAUAUGUGAUUAUUUAAAUGAUCCCUUGUCAUUUUAUUCGGUGUGCAUAGUUGAAAUAUUUUUUUUUCCUUUGGUGCAUAUGUCUUUCAUACGUAAUUUUGUAAUAUUUUCUUGGCAUUGAUGUGAAUGUUUCUUUUGUGGUUUAGUGCUUUGAUCCUUUAAAUGUGUAUUAAAAAAUGUAGAAAAUCUUUGAAUAGUUCUGAUUGUAAUUAUAAAACUAGUUGAAACUUUAAGUAGCAUAAUUUUUUUUUAAGUGGCAAGUGCAGUCGUUAGCCAAUCAGUGGAACGUGCUAAAGAUUUCCUGUCACGGUACUUCUUGACCUUGCUGCAUGACGUCAAACUCACUCCACUCUUGAUUGGCUAGCAAAAUGUGUACACUUGUUACUUAAACAUUUCUCUGUCUUAAGGAAUAUUUUUAUUGGUAUUCAGUACACAAAUGUUUUUAAUUAUUUUAUUACUGUUUACCAUGUAAUCUUGCCUGCAAUUUCAACACCGCUCUACCUCUUUUUUUUUUCAUUGCUAUCUGCAUGUCUGUAUUACAAUGUAAUGUGUAUAUGAAUAACACAAUUGGUAUUUUACUCAUGUAAUCAUCAAAUAAUUUAAUUUUAUGUAUAUUCCUGGAUUUUGUAAAAUAUAUUUCAUUUCUGGUUCUCA